AUGGUUGCUCGAACUGUUCGUGCGAACGAUCGGUUGUCGUCGCCUAUGAGUGAUAGGUCAUCGAAACGGCCGAACGACGAUGAGAAUGACUCGACGACCCUCUCUCCUUCCGACAAGCCGACCGAUUUCUCGUCUGGCCUAAUCGUUCCCGAUCGUCAAUGCUCUCGCGAGAGCCAUGUGAGAUCGCCCACGGCGAAGCCAGCGGCUACUGUACCACGACCUGGUGAUGCGAUCCCACGUCUUGCGAACAGCGGUGACAACACAGAGCUUGAAGUAAUAUCAAGCAUCGAUAUCGAAAGCACUCACUCAAGAGAGUCUGCCUCCGAUCGCUCAACAGCUGCAAAACGCAAGUUCGCACCGCUAGAGAAGUCCUCCAUCUCGACAGGAAAGAAGGGCAAGGUCACGAGCAGCACAGACAGAUGUCAAGAGCCGCGCCGUUGGGGCAUCGUGCAAGGCCAUGUUCGUCCGUCUGAUGCAUAUCGAGAAUGUCUGCUUUCACCUCACAAUUACGAAGCUCUGCUCAUGCACGAAGCUGAACCUGAAGCGGUGGUGCUUGUGGACUGCGGCAGUAACCAGAUUGUUAGAUGGCCGAGAGAUCGCAUUUGCCACGAGUCUGCUGUGAUCUUGGACUUCGUGGCUUCAGACAACUUUCCCGUCGAUGCCUGGUGGGAUCUUUCUCACGCCGCCGCGCAGGCCAUCGAGAGAUGGCUGCGCCGGGGCACCAAGGCCUUAUGGGAGAAGUGCGACUACUUUGGUGAGCGCUAUGAUGUGAAACGCCUACGGAAUGACCUUGUGGACGAAAUGCUCAACUAUUUCAUGCAUGCGCCAGCUCACGAGCUCUGGCCCUCAGAGGCGGUCGACGGAAAGUCGCCAACGGGAGCAGCUCUGGCGCGUACGGAUGAAAUGCUUUUACAGUUCGUCAAAUCCGGCAUCAGCGUAGAUACUAUUCUCGGGCAGCUUCUCUCACAGCAUCUGGCUCGACAUCUCACGCUUGACACAGCAGGGAGAAAGACGCUUCAAGACUCGGAGGAGUGGCUGAAGCUGUGUGAGACCAAGCAUGAUUUAUGGACGGCUACGAUGUCGAAGUGGACGCUUGCAGUGGGCAAAGAGCUGAAGCAUGUGGUUUGGGAAGAUCGCUGCACAUUGCACGAUCAUCAUGAGGACACUUAUCAUCACCUCUCGAUCCAGGCGGACGAUGUUUUGGUCAGCACCCAGGACCUAAACAUCAUCAAAGGCGUCCUCGCUUCACGCCAGUCUGUCGAGCUGAGAUCCUGGUGCGAGAAGGCAUUACUUGACAACUUGCAUCGUAGUAUUCCCAGAGAUUAA